UUCCAACAGAACAUUCCCAAUAAUAAAACCAAACGCUCCCGCGUUCAUCAGUUCUCUUAACAUCUCAUUCUCCUCUCGGUACGGUUCUCCUCCCUGCGCUUCACGUUAUCAUCCUCCUCAGUGAAGGGAAAUCCUCCGAGCCGAUCCUCUUCCUUUCAAGGUCAGCUUGUUUCCACAUUUAGAAGUUUGAUUUGCCCGAAACUGUCUUAAGCAAUAUUGUUUGGUAUUCCGUGGUGUUUCAUUAUGGGAGCUGUAGAAGAGCCCUUAAAAAAUAAAGAGGAUCGUUUACCAGGUGAAGCAAAGGAGAUUCUAAAAUCAUUGGCUGUCAACUGGGGGGAUGUGCUUGACACAAGUGACUUACAGGUCAUUCCUCUUAAAGGUGCAAUGACCAAUCAGGUUUUUCAAAUAAAGUGGCCAACAAAGACGGAGGAUGUCUCUAGAAAAGUUCUAGUUAGGAUCUAUGGUGAGGGUGUGGAAGUCUUCUUUGACCGGGAUGAUGAAAUCCGGACAUUUGAGUUCAUCUCAAAGCAUGGGCAGGGACCUCGUCUUCUAGGGCGGUUUUCAAAUGGGAGAAUUGAAGAGUUCAUCCAUGCAAGGACACUAUCAGCAUCUGAUCUGCGCGAUCCAGAAAUAUCUUCUCUUAUAGCGUCUAAAAUGAAGGAGUUUCAUGAUCUUGAUAUGCCUGGUCCAAAGAAUGUCCGGCUGUGGGAGAGAUUACGAAAUUGGCUACGUGUGGCCAAGAGUUUGGCUUCCCCUGAAGAAUCUAAAGCCUUUUGCUUGGAUACCAUAGAAGAGGACAUCUCUAUAUUGGAAAAGGAGCUUUCACAGGCUCAUUACCACAUAGUAUUUUGCCACAAUGAUUUGCAAUAUGGUAACAUAAUGAUCGAUGAAAAGACCAAUUCCAUAACCAUCAUUGAUUAUGAGUAUGCAAGUUACAAUCCUGUUGCAUUUGACAUAGCAAAUCAUUUUUGUGAGAUGGCUGCUGACUAUCAUACGGAAACGCCCCAUAUUCUGGACUUUAGUAAAUAUCCUGGUUUGGAGGAGCGUCAAAGAUUUGUGCGUAUAUAUUUUAGUUCAUCAGGUAAUGAAUCUAGUAAUGUUGAAGUGGAGCAGUUACUUCAAGAUGUUGAGAAGUAUACACUUGCGAGCCAUCUGUUUUGGGGCUUAUGGGGAAUAAUAUCGGAACAUGUGAAUGAAAUUGAUUUUGACUACAUGGAAUAUGCAAGGCAGAGGUUUCAACAAUACUGGUUAAGGAAGCCUGCUCUAUUGGGCUCUGUUGGUGCUUCCUCUGAUAGUGCGACUGUUGGUAACUGUGCUAUCUAGUUCUUGAGAUGUGUUCUCUUUAUUGCUGCUAUGUAUAUCUGUUGUUACAUAGAGGAACCUAUCGGAUUUCGUUAUGUUCCAGUAUCUCAAUGUAUGAUGUUAAAAAGUGGUUGUUGAGGAUUUUUCUGGGUGUCCUUUACAAACUAGGGUAUGGUUUGAGGAAUUUUAGUUCUUGUUACACAUGCUCAUAUUCCAAUUUGUUUCAUUGCUUUUACUGUUUUGAACUUGUAAUGUUGUAUCUUCUUGCAAUGGAAAUUAUAUUAGAUGACAAGUUUGUGGAUUUUGGAUAUGUUACCUCAUAAAUGUGGAGGCAGUUCAGCAGUACUCAGGAAUUUGUUUUUCA